GGAGGAGGAGCCCGUCGAGAUCGAGGGCGUCAAGGUGCCCGUCGACACCUCCAAGCCCAACCCCAAUGGGCUCGAGUUCGACAACCUCUACCUCGACAUGAACGGCAUCAUACACCCAUGCUUCCACCCCGAGGACAGGGGAGAUAUGGUGGCGUAUCUUAGGGAUCCAUGUACCAGCUUCUGUGACCACGUUUUGUAGUUGGUGGCUUGAUUUGCGAAGCUGCGUUGAUACCGAGCUUCGGAGAGGUUUGGACUACAUGAUCCUACUCACUUGUUGGAGGAUUUGGUUAUCUAGAAACGACAUCGUUUUCAACAAGCACCGCAUUUCAUCGAACUCCUUGGUGGCCCUCAUCAGGGACGACAUCACCCGCUGGUGCGAGGCCAGGGCAACGAAGUUAGUGAUAACAAUGGAGAGGUUGCACCGCGUCGGCUCGAUCAUCUGCUCUUUGGCAAGCUUGAGUGUUCAUAGUCGUCUUUGAGCGUCCCUCCCCAACAACAUUUGCAGAGGUUUUCCAGUGCAUGUUUGAUUACAUCGAUAGACUCUUUGUCAUGGUCCGCCCUCGGAAGCUUUUGUACAUGGCCAUCGAUGGUGUGGCUCCUCGUGCUAAGAUGAACCAGCAGCGCUCUAGACGAUUCAGAGCUGCAAAGGAUGCAGCUGAUGCGUCCGCUGAAGAAGAACGGCUGCGUGAAGAGUUUGAGAGGGAAGGCAGAAAGCUUCCUGCAAAACAGCAAUCACAAACUUGUGAUUCUAAUGUUAUUACUCCAGGGACAGAGUUUAUGGCCGUUCUUUCAGUUGCUUUGCAGUACUACAUCCAUCUCAGACUGAAUUAUGAUCCUGGAUGGAAGCAAAUUAAAGUUAUUCUAUCUGAUGCCAAUGUUCCUGGUGAAGGGGAACAUAAAAUUAUGUCAUAUAUUCGUGGCCAACGGAAUCUCUCCGGAUUUAACCCAAAUACCCGCCAUUGCUUGUAUGGCCUGGAUGCAGAUCUGAUAAUGUUAGCUUUAGCGACACACGAAGUACACUUUUCUAUACUGAGAGAGGUAGUUUUUACACCUGGACAGCAGGACAAAUGUUUCUUGUGUGGUCAGGCGGGACAUCUUGCAGCAAAUUGUGAUGGAAAGGCAAAAAGAAAAGCUGGGGAAUAUGAUGAGAAAGGUGAAGCUAUUGUUCCAAAGAAACCUUACCAGUUUUUGAAUAUUUGGACCCUCCGAGAGUACUUAGAAUAUGAGUUCAAGAUGCCAAAUCCUCCUUUCCAGAUUGAUGUUGAACGCAUCAUUGAUGAUUUUAUCUUCAUGUGCUUUUUUGUUGGCAAUGAUUUUCUUCCACAUAUGCCAACACUAGAGAUUCGUGAGGGAGCUAUUAAUCUGCUAAUGGCUGUGUACAAGAAAGAAUUUCCUUCAAUGGGUGGCUAUUUAACCGAUUCUUGCACGCCGGAUCUGAAUAGAGUUGAACACUUUAUUCAAGCAGUUGGCUCCUACGAGGAUAAAAUAUUUCAGAAAAGAGCUCGUUUGCAUCAGCGUCAAGCAGAAAGAAUAAAACGGGAAAAGACCCAGGCAAAGCGUGGCGAUGAUCUGGAUCCCCAUGUCAGGGUUGAUCUUAUUGUACCUGUUGCACAUUUCCAAGGGUCUCGCCUUUCCUCUGGGGCAGUACCUUCACCAUAUGAACAGAAUGAGCCUCAUAGAGAAAGGAGCGACAAAGCUCGGAAAGCUGCGCGAGUAUCAUCAUCAGGUUCCAGCAUUGCUGCUGCUAUUGUUGAAGCUGAAAAUGAUCUUGAAGCACAGGAGCGUGAAAACAAAGAAGAUUUAAAGUCAAAGCUUAAAGAUGUUCUUCGUGAGAAAUCAGAUGUUUUUAAUUCUGAAAAUGCAGAGGAGGACAAGGUAAAGCUUGGAGAACCAGGAUGGAGAGAUAGGUACUAUGAAGAGAAGUUCGGGGCAAGAACACCUGAGCAGAUCGAAGAAAUAUGUAGAGAUGUUGCUCUCAAAUAUACUGAAGGUUUAUGUUGGGUAAUGCACUACUACUAUGAAGGGGUCUGCUCAUGGCAAUGGUUUUACCCUUAUCACUAUGCUCCUUUUGCUUCGGAUUUAAGGAGUUUAAGUCAGCUCAAUAUAACUUUUGAACUUGGUUCACCAUUCAAACCAUUUGAUCAGCUUAUGGGGGUUUUCCCAGCUGCGAGUUCUCAUGCGCUCCCUCUACAGUAUCGGCAAUUGAUGACUGAUCCAAAUUCACCAAUAAUUGAUUUUUAUCCAACUGAUUUUGAAGUAGAUAUGAACGGGAAGAGAUUUUCUUGGCAGGGGAUAGCAAAACUGCCCUUUAUUGAUGAAGAUCGGUUGUUGGCUGAGAUUAAAAAAGUCGAGUAUACUUUGACGCCUGAAGAAGCAAGGAGAAACAGUAUCAUGUGCAAUAUGCUUUUUGUGAAUGGAUCCCAUCCACUUUCGCCUUAUAUCUACUCUCUCAACAGCAAAUUUGGGCAUUUGCCUGACAAAGAGCGCAAUGAAAUUAAAGAAAAGAUUGAUCCUUCUGCUAGUGGAGGGAUGAACGGUUGCAUUGCACUUUGUGGUGGGGAUCCAUGCCCUCCUAUCUUCAGGUCUCCUGUGGAUGGGCUGGAGGAUAUUAUGGACAAUCAAGUGAUAUGUUCGAUCUACAAGCUUCCGGAUCCUCAUAAGCACAUCUCCCGUCCACCUGUUGGUGUUAUCAUACCAAAGAAGAUUGUUGAAGCCGGUGAUCUGAAACCGCCGCCAGUGCUAUGGCAUGAAGACAGCGGCAGGCGGCCUUAUGAUAACAACAACAGGAGGCCUUAUGAUAACAAUAACAGGAGGCCAUAUGAUAACAAUAACAGGAGGCCUUAUGAUAACAAUAACAGGAGGCCUCAUGAUAACAGCAGCAGGCAAAACCCAGCAGGAGCAUUAUCUGGCCGACAACUUGGGGAGGCUGCCCAUCGACUUAUUGCAAACAGCUUGAAUGUUCGGGGUGGUGGACAAUACAAUGCCCCGUCUAUUCCGUAUCAAACGAUAAUGAAUGGUACAAACUAUCCAAAUGGAAGUCACCAUAUGGGUCUUCUGGGAGUGCCACCAAGGAUGGAGCAGCCUGCUGGACGUCCUGGCUGGCAUGUUCCUAGUGAUAACGUGCCCAAUGGUCAAGUACCAGCAUAUGCAUCGUCAACAAGACACUAUCAGCAUGAAGGGUCAGGGCCUUCUCAGUAUGAACGAGAUAACCGUGGAAGGCAACAAUCUAACUCAUAUUCCAGAGAUGGCCACCAUGAUUCAAGAGGAAGGGUUCAACCUCCAUCUGUAUACCAUCAAAACCGUGGCAACCUGUAUUCAUCACAUCCUGCUGCUCCGCCACCAGGUUCGGGGCAGUAUGGGCAAUCCCCGCCGACAAAUGCUGGGGGUUAUGGUGGGGGAUACCAGCCUGCACCAUUUGGAGCGCAACAGUCGCAACAGCGACCUUAUGGAGGUGGGGCACCCCCCACAAGACCUAACUCACAUCAAUCUCAGAACCGUUAUGGCACCUCAGAUAGAAGUUCUAACAAAAGGUCGUCAGGUCAUGGCCGAUACUAGUCCCUAUGGCCUAGGCCCCAUAGGGACCUUUUGGAUAGAACAGAUUUUGGAUCCAAUCCUCCUAAAAAUUCCCAAGGCGACCUCCAUCCAAACACUCCUUACUGUUGUAACCCUGUUAUUGUUGUUAGUAAAACUUACCAAGUAUAAUGACGGACGUCAGCUUGGCCAUUAGCACACUGAGCUUUAUCAAAGUUAAGUGAUCUGCAAGCUUUUAGGUCGACAGAUUAAGUAUCUCAAGGAGCAAGUGUUGUAUACUAGCAUAGUAGCAUUAUUGCUAGACCAUCAGCAACUGGUGGUGGCGGCCGUUCUUUCGUUUGUGGUUCUCAUUUAUUCAUAAUAUGAUCUGCAACUGCAAGAGCCCUAGGGUUGGUAAGAUGAUUAAAAAGUUCUGAAUUGUGGUGAUGAUGUAUGUAACGUGAGUUUAUACAGUUUUGAUGAUGGAUACAUAUCUAUAUUCAUGUAUUUGGUUCUUAGAUGGCAGUAAUAAAAGUGUGAUUUCUCUCA